GUGAUAAAUUGCGUUCAUAAAUAAUGAAGCCUCUCGAUUUACCUAUAAAAUCAAAGUUAAGGGUUUAUCGGGGGUAUUUACGAGCAAGCAAGUGUUCGAAUAAGAUGGGAUCUCCAACAUUCAUUAUAGUGUUAGUGUUAAUGGGGAUAAUUGAAAAUUAUAUUUGUGCUGCUUCCAUACCGGUCUGUAUUACAAACUGCGUGCAGUGUAAGCAGAUGUUUGGGCCAUAUUUCCAAGGACGAGCUUGUGGAGAUGCAUGCAUAUCAAGCAACGGACAGCUUAUGCCAGAUUGCAAUAAUCCACGGACCUUAGGGAAUUUUUUAAAGCGGCUGUACUAAGCUUCUGCGUACCAAUAUAUCAGAUCUUGCAUUUACAAUGCAGUAACUUAAUAUCAGAAGAUUUUAUUUAUGUUCAUGAUUUACGAGCAUGUUAGCGCUUCUGGCGGUCAUAUUUGUUCCGCCCCCACCACCCGCAAGGGUGGGCCAGAGCCACCUCCUGUUUGAAUACAGGCUAUUUAGGGCCAGCAGAUAAAUUCGUAUAUAUUCAUAUACUUAUAUUGUACAUCUUUUUUUAUUAUUUAAUACGUAAUUUAUUCAAAAUUUUUAUGUUAGUUUUAUAAUAAUAAUAUAAUUAAACACUACUGAAUUUGA